CCCAACGCUCCGGGCUUAACCCCGACACCGAGGCGUGACGAGGGGAAGGGGGCCCUUUAAAUCCAGUCCGCCGGCUUUUACGUAACACAGAAGAGGAAAAGCAAGGGGGACGCACAGGAGAGAGGGGACUUGACAAUUGGAGAGGGCAGAGCGCGCAGAGCGCAGGCUGAGGAUUGUUACUGGAGGGCACUGAGACGUUUAUGUUGAGCAAGUGUUUCCAGGCCAUCGAUCCUUCCGUCCCUCGGUGACCUCUGACAGCAGAGUGAAACAGGAAAAGGGGGAAAUUGCCAUUUAAAAAGGCCUUUGGGGAUUGAGCCGCCUGCGUCAUGGCAGCCAUUGAUCUGGAGCGUGGGCUGGAACACGGUGGCCGGGGCUGGGGGAAAGAGAGGCCAGAGCUGAUGGACAACUUCGACUCAGAGAUGCAGGAGUGGGAGGACCAGCUGCAGGACAUCCAGAGAAAAAUCGAAGAGUUGUACAAUGAAGUUCAGGCCCGCAGAGGAGCGAACGAUAUCACCACUGACAACCAGAAACAUGGAAGCAAGUUGGAGUGUGGCCUCGGGCACCAUGGCAAUGGUCUUUGUGUGCCCGGCCAUCACAGCAAGACUCACUCUGGAGCUAUAACUGUGCCACAUCACUAUAGUAACGGCUGUAACUAUAGCCCCGAUGGGUACAGCUACCCAGCGAGUCAUCAGAAUGGCUACGGUUACUGCCACACCAAUGGAGUUUCAGAGAUCGGAGACUUAUUGCAGGAUUAUUUGGGGCAGGGGAAGCAAAUGAGCCGGAAGAACAAUGGAGCUCGCCACGUGCACUUCAGUGACACAAUAAAGGUGAGCCCGGACGUCCCUGCGUACCAGAAUGAGAUCAGAAGAAGUUCUGGAAAUGAAAGGCUUGGUCAAGAGCAAUUUUUGGGCAGUUUUGAGGAGACUGAAAACAGGAAGAAUCAAGUGUCUCACAUGAAGGGGUCAACUCGCAGAGAGAGUUCCCCCAACAAAGAAAACACAGAUGCCAAGCCCCCUCUUGGACAAAGGGAUGCUCCAGCUGUACAGCUACGUUCACAGCUCCCAAUCACAACAGCUGAAUCGCCUGCUCUGGACAGGAAGUCCUUCAGCCCUGGUAUCCUGGGAGAUAGGAAGUGCAGCAGUCCCUCUGUUCUCAGGAAGUUUGGAGCCAUGCUUCAGGAAAAUGAGGGCAAAAUGCUCACAGAAUCAGGGGUGGUGACCAAUCAGGGACUGGCCCCGGAGCCAAAGUGCCCCACCCCUGGCUGUCAGCGCAGAGCACUGGGAGCCACUGCAGUCGGCGGCAGGGCGCCCAUGCGCGUGUCUGCCCAGAAAUGCCAAGCAGAUUCCAACAUGCUGACAGCAGAGAUAGAGCCCAGCCAAGAAUGGGGGUUAGUGUCAGACUCUGGUAGACAGAAUCACAAGGAUCACAGAGGAGGAUACAGCAGUUCUAAAGGGUGCCAGCAGAGUCCUCAGCAGUCCCAUAGGAGAUCACAGGUGGUGGGGAACCCAAAGAUCAGACCCAGGGCUAACAGUGGGGCAGACAGAGACAGAGGACCGGCUCAAGGGGAGAGAGCAAGGAAGCCUGCACCCCAACAUGUGGAGCCCAAAAUGGACUACAGGGUCUCAAGUGCUUCUUCUGGAGCUCAGAAGAUCCAGAGGGGAGGCUUAGCGGGACAAGAGUUGCCAGGUUGUGGCCGAGUGAGGGAUGAAGGACUUAUUGAGCUGCUGGACAUGCUGGAGAUCCAACAUGAGUACAGCUCCAGUCCCAGAACAGGACACACAGCUUACAGACAGGAGCAACAGCAGGUAAACCCAGCCGAGUUGGCGCCAGCCAAACUUAACAAGAGCUUCUCUCGUCCUGCACGGCCAGCCAACCAGCGACCUCCUUCCAGAUGGGCCGGCCGCACCCCUACUGCCAGGAUCACCGCCCCAUCAGGCCCAAUGUACCGUCCACCAAGUCCCCUUACCCGUACCCCUAGCCCCAUGACCAGAACCCCAAGUCCCGCCCUGAAACACCGGCCUCUCAUUUCCUAUUCUCUUCAGACUGAGACUGUCAUUAUGUGAUAGCUUUCCAUCUCAAUAAAGCUUGAUCUCAUCCUUGAGGGAAACCCAUCCCACUGUAAAUAGUAAGGACUUUUCUCUUUAAGAAAGUGCUUUGAGAGAGUUGCAAAGAAACGCUUAGUUUCAUCUCGACGCCAUGUUCAAGAUCCAAGACACAUCCAAAACAUUCUCCAGUGUUGCUGUGGCUUUUUGCUUCUUCUGUGCCGUACCUUUGCCGACACACAUCAACGUAUUGCUUUGUUGCAGUUCCCCCUUAUCCACUCUCCUCUUUUUUGUAUUGAGUUUCCGGUGUUUUCUGUAUAAUGAGAUUUUGCAUGCAGCCCUAGUUUGAGGGUGCAUGCUCAUGUGUUUAAUCCUCAUGGUGGCCAUGUUGAACCAAAUCCAACCUGGCCACCAGUCGGAGUAGAUUAAGCUGCAACUGUGCUCCCAGCAGCAAUCUGCUGUCAACAACAGUGUGUUUUACUGUAUCAAAAUGUCAAAGUAAUAUAUUUAAGAUGUUCAAAUAACAACUGUGACAAAUGACUAUGAUAUGCCUUUAAUGUAUUU